AUGGGGAGCAGCGGGCUGGAUGCCUUCUUCUUCGUGCAUGGGUACCCCAACUCCGGGUCAAAUGACACCACGGGCCUGGACCUCAGCGAGCUGCUGGAGGCCCAGCGCCGCAUCGGCCCCUGCCUCGCCGAGCUGCGCGCCCAGCAGCGCAACGCGCCGCCCGCCCAGCGCGAGUCCUACUCCCUGGAGCACGUCCGGCGCCUAUACAUGUUCCGCCCACGCCGGCCCUACACCCGCGCGCGCGACACGCGCCUCUGCGCGCGGCACCACCCCCAGCCCUGCGCGGCGGGGUGCCGGACCUGCCACUUCUGCCGGCAGCGCCUGGUGGAGCCCAAGACCGCCUGCGCGGCCUGCGAGGGGCGGAACAACUACUACGGCGGGCCGGGGCGCGGGUACUGGUGCGGCUCCUGCCUCUGGUUGCGCAUGGGGGAGAAUCUGGACGAGGUCCGGAGCAACCCGGCCUGGCUCUGCCCCGCCUGUCGCGACAUCUGCAACUGCUCCGGCGCCAACUGCCAGCGCCUGAAGCGCGGCUGGUUCGCCACCAACCAGCUCGCGCAUGAGGCCGCCGCGCAGCACUACGCCUCUGUGGCGCACUACCUCAUCCUGACGCACGUCGGGGCGCAGGUGGCCGCCGCGCCCAUGGGGGGCGGCGGGACGGGACGCGGAGCGCCGCCGCGCGCGCCCGCUGUCGCCCCGCUGCCGGCGGGGGAGGGCGCCGGGCUCCCCGCCCCGCCCAAGCGCCAGAGGCUGCUGGCCAUGGCGCCAAGCCGGCGCCAGGUGCUGCAGGCCGCGUCGGCGGGGCGCCUCGUGGCCGCGCAGGCGGCCGUGGCGCGAGAGCUGGACGCCCCCUCGGCGCUGGGGGGGGAGGGGCCGGGGGAAGCGCAGCAGGCCCGGGGGGGGAGCACUUUCUUGGGCCUACUGGACGCUGAGCUAGCAGAGGAGGAGGAUGUUUCGACUGGUGGUGAGUUGAUUUUUACGUCGUGA